GUUUUCAGACGUGUAUGUGAGACCUUUCUGGAGAACUAUUCCAAGGCUAGUACAUGAAUUGUUCUCACAAAGCCAAAAGACUAACCAGCAUAAUGGAAAACUGUUCCAGUGUCUUGAGUCCACUUUUGGAGAAAUAUUACCUCUCACCAAUGUACGGUCUGGAAUUUGCCAUUGGCUUCAUCGGAAACCUAGUGGUGGUCCUAGGCUAUAUCUUUUGCCUCCCUGCUUGGAAGUCCACUAACGUGUACCUGUUUAACCUGUCUGUGUCUGACCUCAUCUUCCUGUGCACUUUACCUGAGCUGUCCUAUAACUACGCUUACAACUUGCAGAAAUUCAAUACUGCACUCUGCAUGAUAAAUCGUUAUAUCCUCCAUGUGAACCUGUACUCCAGCAUCCUUUUCAUGAUGUGGGUAAGUGUGGACCGGUUCUUAUUGCUGUGUCACCCACAGCGAGAACACAUCCUGUUGACUCUCAAGGCCUCACUGUGCAUCACCAUCCUGAACUGGAUCUGGGUGACUGUUCAAAUCGCUCCUCUCGUCGUCUUCAUUACCAAGGACUUAAAGGGAAAUGGCUGGAAAGUGUGUCAUGAUUUUGCGAGUUUGGGAGAUCCCCAAGUUAUUCUGAUCUACAGCAUAGUUCUCACUAUAACUGGAUAUGUGAUUCCCCUUAUAGGUUUGUUCCUAUCAUCACAAAAGAUGGUUUCUGUACUAGUGAAAAGAGAGGAAGUGCUUGGGACAUCUUUCCAGAGGCCAGUAAGGACUGUGAGGUCUGCAGCAAUCAUGUUCCUGUUGCUCUACACACCUCUCCAUGUAAUGAGAAAUGUGCGUCUCACAUCACGGCUUCCUGAAUUAAAUUUGUCACGGUGUGUUGUAGACUACAUCGAUGGGGCUUACAUAGUGACACGGCCUAUUGGAUUUGCACACAGUGCCAUCAACCCUGUGUUUUACUUCCUCAUGACUGACAGUUUUAAAGAAGCUCUGCAGGACAAGUGGAGGCAGAUUACAAGGAUGAUAAUGAGAGCGUCAUAA